UCACAUAAAUAAGAUAGCAAGCCACCUUUUUACAUCUGCAAACUAAAGGUUUUUUCAUCUGAAUUUCUCAACUGCAAACGUCGAACCAUGCCUGGAAAAGUCGCAUCCAAGAAGGGAGAGAAGAAGGCUGCCGUGAAGAGCAAGCCCGCUGGAGAGAAGAAGACCCGAAGAAAGUCUCGCAAAGAGAGCUACUCUAUCUACAUCUACAAAGUCCUGAAGCAAGUCCACCCCGACACUGGUAUCUCUUCCAAGGCCAUGAGCAUCAUGAACUCGUUUGUGAAUGACAUAUUCGAGAGAGUUGCCACUGAAGCUUCCCGACUGGCUCACUACAACAAGAAGCACACCAUCUCGAGCAGGGAAAUCCAGACUGCUGUCAGACUUCAUCUCCCUGGAGAGCUGUCCAAGCAUGCUGUAUCUGAGGGCACCAAGGCUGUCACCAAGUACACCAGUAGCAAAUAAAUAUCUCAUCUCAAACGGCUUUUCUAAAAGCCACCACUAUUGUCAAAAUGUUUCACCUUCCACAAGUCAUGUUCUCUUUUAUAUUCUGUUUGUAUAUUGAAUUCUGAUACGUACAUGUAUAUAAAACAAUGGUGCAUACCAUUUCUUCAAUAAAUGAACUAAUGUUUUAUAAGUCA